AUGUGUGUACUAUUCUUCUUUAUCAUUGCUUUCACUGUUCUGAGCAAUGUCAACGCUGCGACUGUGAGAUCACUCUCCAGAGAGACUCCGCCGCUCACUUUCCCCAAGGCAAGACGUCUCUCUGCUGCGAUUUCUCCUUCAAGGCUUGAAUCCAGAGCAGUGCCUUCGUCCAAUCUUCUCAGAAGCGAAGCAAGUUUUGAUUUUCUUCAUGAUGAUCAAGAUCUCGAAUCGGUCUUUGUGGCUACUCUAGAGGUCAAGUCACAGUCACCCAUUCUGGCAUUAGAGGAAUUGGAUGACUCUGUCGAAGAUGUGACCUGCAAGGAAUCACGUAUUGAUAUAUCAUUCCGAUCAAUCGAGCAAUUCCGCUCAGUCCAUCGAGAAAUCGAGCCGAUCGAUGGGCUCAUCCUAGUCACCUCACAUAGUGGGUGUAAUCCAGAGGGAGCAAGGUCAACAUAUCGAGUCACCAAGGUCGCAAUUGACCUGCACCGCAAUGUGCUGUCACUAGGGAAAUCCGACUGUAGCUGGCAAGACGCAUUUCACACAACUCGAGUUUCAUUUUCACGCAGACAUCCAUCUGAAAUCCGGAGAAGUCCAAAUCAAUUCAUCAAGAGACAGCAGCAGUCGCAGCCUGACUCACCAGCAACAACAAAAACAAUGGAAGGAUCUGCCGAGAGCCCGACGGUCACAAUUCCUGCACCUACCGCAACAUCGGGGCUCGCCUCAACUUCGACGAAGAAGCUCAAUGCGCCUUACGUGGACCAAAAGAUAUUCCCUCCUGAUGUUCCUGCGGCGGACAUGCUUCUGCCAUCAGGAAUCACCGUGUCUUGCAAAAAUUGUUCCUUGGAAGGCAGCAUCGACAUAACCAAGGGCUCUUUCGAGAUUUCCGGAUCUGACGGGUUCAUAGACUCCGUCAACAACACCAUCGCCUUCUUUGAGCAUGGUAGCAUUGAGGUGAUUGCAAACGGCCUCUUUGCACAGGUCGAACUUGAGUUCGAUCUCUCGGCGAGUCAAGAUCUGGUCUCCUUUUCGGCCCAGCUCCCUGCUAUCCCCCUCGUUCCUUUUGAGAUUCCCGGAGUCCUUGUGUUUGGCCCAAUGAUAGUCGCGGAGUUUGACAUGAGUUUGAGCCUUGCCGAAGCCAUUGGCUUUUCAUAUGGCUUCAACCUCUCCGUUCCUGCAAAUUCCAAAAUGGAGUUGAACAUGGACGAGAUCUCAAACUCUUCAAUUACCGGCUUUGACAAAACAACUAUCCAUGCCUUGCCAUUCCAAGCGAAAGCCGCUCUUGUUUCCCUUGUAGCCAGUAUCGGCUUCAAACCUCAGGUCCUCCUCGGCAUCAACACGGCGGUAGGAAGCGUUCAGGGAGGAAUCGGCGCCUUUCUCGAACUACCCAACGUUUCUCUCAAUGUGACCCAGCUCAGUAACGUCAACGAGCAGUGCGAAGCUGUCUCAAACGGCGAUGGCAAGCUUACAUCAGCGCUGAACAAUGUCCUCGGGAACUUCACAAAUAUUGUUCCCACAGUUGACAUCAAUCUGGGCGCACUGGCGAAUUUCGAGGUUGAUGUCCCACGCGUCUUCACGGAAGCAGCUGCUGUUCAAACCGUGCUGGUUUCGACUUCAUAUGCCCUGCCGACGGCGUGCUUGGAGUUCGACUCGGAGAGCGGGAAAUACAGUUCUCCUACUCCUACUCCUGUAUCGUCUGCUAUAGGUAAGGUUGCGACGGCUGAGGCCAAGAAGAGCCGGGCAGCUUAUGUGAAAAUCAACUGCGGAACAAUCGAAGCAAUGUCUGCAAACCAAUCUCUGUAUCAAAUGGAGCAACCUGCUCGCGCCGACGAGUGGGUUGACUUUGACAACUCCUUCGAGUUCGCAACGGGGUUUCUGGAGAGCAAUCCACCCUCUCUGGACUCGAUCUCUCCGAAAGACUUGGAGUUGGUGUACAGUGAUGCAGACGCGCUGAAUUGGGACUCGGAGGCCGCUCAAUGGCCUCAAUCAGCCUUCUCCGACCUCGUUACCUUCGAGGACCCUUUAAUAGGAAGCACAGAAAUGCCAUUGGACGUGGCUGGCUUCUCCGAGAAUGUUCCUCCACCACCAUCGUUUCCGGAAGUGGAGUGCUCUGGCUCGGCAUUUGACGACACAUGGUCAUCAUUCGACGCCUCGAAUACGGCAGAAAACUUCUACUCACCGUCAACCUACCGACAACUGAUCGAAUCGCAGGCAGCCGCUGACCCGCGCUGCUUCUCGAAAAAGGAAAAGCGUCUCGAGGCUUCCAUUGCUUUGCACCUGCAGCGCUUGCAAGAUGCCGCAAUGGCUGAUCUCAGUCAGCCUCCGGACUCGUGCGGUAGCUUUUCCUCUCCUUGCUGGCCAGACUCUGCUGCAGGAAGCGCAUCUGAGCCCCAGUCUCGUGCAAGCCCAUCCAGCACAUCAGCCUCUGAACCCUCCGCCAAGUCAUCUACCCCACCCUCUUCAAGACCGAGCCCGGUCGGGGGUGGAGUAGAGCUGGUGCUUGAUUUGAAUAUGAAUGCGACCACCAAUCUGCCGAAAAAGCAAAAACCGCGAUCCCAGGCUCAGAAGGAAAACUACAUCAAAGUCCGGAAACAUGGGGCCUGCGAGAAACAUCGAAAACAGCAUAAGCGGUGCAACUGCCUCGACAAGUCUGCUUCUCGUAUUCUGAACGACUCUGCCGUUGCGGCGCUGGCCCAAUCCACCAAGGCCCGACUGGGCCAGAACGUCGUGAUUGCAACCAAGCGCAUCACCACCAGUACCUUGCCGACUCUACCGCCCGCAGUUUUGGACAGGGGCCAUGCAGUCAAAGCGGUACCUGCAUCUGUUCAACCAAGCACUGCUAUUUCGCCAACGGCGAGGGCGGAUGUACCACGUGCGGAGCGUACUGUCCACAAUUCUGCUGGACGUGUAAACACUGCGAUCUCACCAACCGUUUUGGUGAAUGUUCAGCACUCAGAGCGUUCCGCUCACAGUUCGGCUGGACGUGCAAACACUGCCGUUUCAUGGACGCCCACAGCAAAUGCUCAAGUCAUGGAGCGUACCGUUCAAAGUUCCGCUGGACGCGCAAACAUCAUUUCACUGAGAUCUACUGUGAAUGUCCAACGUCCAGAGCGUUCGGCCCAAAGUUCUGCUGGACGGCAAAACACCGCGCACGCGCAUAUUCAAGUUUGUCAGUUGCCCAAGGAGGCAAGACCUUGGCGUACAGUCGACCACACUUCCUCGGUGCCUGGUCCACUGGUAAUCCAGAACACACAGCCGGCGACUGCUACGUUCCGUGGCCAGCAAGAUGGUGCAGUUUGUGCUGUUCAUUUCACUCCUGGCCUACUCCGCGAGUCGUCUGGUGUACUCCGGCCAUUCAGAUACAGGCCGACUUCCCAACAAGGCGUUGGAAGGCUUGUCGAGAGCCAAUGCACCCAGGAAAACAAGCACGCAAGGGGCAAAGAAAAUUUCUGGUUCAACAGUGGCACUUGGAGUCUACCUGGAAGCCGAGCAGAGGUUGUCCAGAAUUCUACUGUUGCCGAAUAUGCCGGUGCAGUUGUUCGCAACACUGCCCUAGCGUUCUCGGCCUUCUGGCAAUCCUCUACCUCGCUCACUUCGUGGGCAGGAGUACUCCUUGGGCGGUUUGUUCUAUCCUCUUCUCGUCAGCAUAUGCUGGCCAGGAAAGGAAUGGGACUGGCUUAA